CAAAAGCAACCAACAUUAUCUAGCCGAGCUACGAUAGCUGUUAUCUGGCGCAAAUGCAAUUUUAGUUUCCAAAAAUGGCCGGAACCGAAGCAACCCAGUUUCUGAAACUAUCCAGCGCCGUUUUCUACGGACUCUCGUCCUUCCUAAUUACCGUAGUCAAUAAGACCGUACUGACCAGCUACCGAUUUCCGUCGUUCCUUGUGCUCAGCCUGGGCCAGCUGACCGCCAGCAUCGUGGUGCUGUUCGUCGCCAAACGGCUCGGUAUAGUGAAGUAUCCCGAUUUCAGCCGCGACAUUGCCCGGCGGAUAUUCCCGCUGCCAUUGAUUUACCUCGGAAACAUGAUGUUCGGGCUCGGCGGCACGCAAGCCCUAAGCCUUCCGAUGUUCGCCGCCCUACGAAGGUUCUCCAUUCUGCUGACGAUGUUGCUCGAGCUGCUGGUGCUGGGCAUCCGGCCAACCCUCGCCGUGAAAGUCAGCGUGGCCGCUAUGGUGGGCGGUGCUCUGAUGGCAGCCUUUGAUGAUCUUUCGUUCAACAUGCAGGGCUACAUGUACGUGAUGAUCACGAACACGCUCACUGCGGCCAACGGGGUGUACAUGAAGAAAAAGCUGGAUACCGCCGACAUGGGCAAGUACGGGCUUAUGUACUAUAACUCCCUGUUUAUGAUUCUCCCGGCGUUCGUGGGCACGUGGCUGGCCGGUGACAUCGAUCGUGCGUGGCAGUACGAGAACUGGAAUGAUCCUUUCUUCGCUAUUCAGUUCCUGUUGUCCUGCGUCAUGGGUUUCAUCCUAUCGUACAGCAUCAUCCUGUGCACGCAGCAUAACUCCGCACUUACGACGACCAUCGUAGGCUGCCUGAAGAACAUCAGCGUUACCUACAUCGGAAUGUUUAUCGGAGGCGAUUACGUGUUCUCGUGGCUGAACGCUAUCGGUAUCAAUAUCAGUGUGACCGGUAGCUUGCUGUACGCGUACGUAACCUUCCGGAAGAAACCGGCCAGUUCCAGUGGAAGCGGGGAUGGAUCCUCGGCCGACAAAAAGCUGCUGCUGCCGGUGGCCGGCCGAAUCGACAACGUUUGAGGAAGCCAGAAGUCCGUCGCCAGAUCAGCUGUUGGAGGCGUUUUGAAGCGUAACGAACAAAACCAAAGGGACGAUUAGAGAAAUGGGGGGGCUAUUGUACGAGGGGGAUGUUGCAAUAGGGAUUUAUUUAUUAGUGGCCUCUGCUCGCGGGUGGAACGCAUAGUUUACAAACUAAAAGGCACUGAUUUUCAGGCGUAGUGUGGCCAUUCGUUUUGAAAGCUAGUAAAAGGUAUGAUUCGGUGCAAUUACUGGUAGACUGGUCCACUCACCGAGCACACAGCAAGGGCCAUCAAAUAGCAGUGAUACAAAUUGUAUAAUUCUUCUGGAGGCGCGGUUCGCUGGACACCGACGUAUCGGUGGUGCUGUAAUAUUACGAGAUAAUGUGCUAUAACCUGUGGGCACGGUGAUUACCCUGUGUUGGACCAUCCACACGAGUUGAUAUUAACGGAAAGAGGAACAUUCAUCGAAUUAAAGGCAGUAGAGUUGUUUUAGUUUUAUGCGUACUUUUAGGCUCAGCGAUGUAUAUGCGGCACCACGUGACAAUGUGGUUUUAGUGAAAGGCAGAGAGUCUAUGAAUAUACAACGCUGAUGA